GCUAUUGCUUGCUUCUUCAAAGUGAAUUUACAUACCACAGAGUCUUCCUGUGACGAACCAUUCGUUGACUCCUCUUUCGAGACGAGCUUUGCUCGAUAGUUAGCUACCUUUGACACUUCAUCAUGGCUGACUUGGAGGGUGCGCUGUCGUUCAAGCCCAGCCCCUCGGUCCCGCUUUACAAGGAUCUCGGCGCAGUCUACAAGGGCGUGCCAGGCGUUGAGGAGCGGUACAAGCAGAUUACAGAGGCGUUUAAGAAGGCGUAUGGGGCCGCGCCUGACUUCUAUGCCCGUGCUCCGGGCCGCGUCAACCUGAUUGGCGAGCACAUCGACUAUGAGGGGUAUGGCGUGUUGCCCAUGGCCAUUCGCCAGGACACGGUGGUUGCGGUGCGGCGUGUGCCGGGCAGCACGGAGCUGGUCAUCGGCAACGUGGAGGACGACAAGUACCCCACACAGCGCUUCCCCGCCGACCCCGACCAGACGGUGGACGUGGCCAACCACUCCUGGGCCAACUACUUUGUCAGCGCCUACAAGGGCGCCUUCGAGCUGCUGCGCGCCACGCGGCCGGACGACGUGCCGGCGCCCUGUGGGCUGGAGGUGGUGGUGCACGGCCAGGUGCCCACAGGCUCUGGCCUGUCCUCCUCCGCCGCCAUCGUGUGCUCCUCCAUGUUGGCGAUCCUGUCGGCCAAGGGUGUGGCGCCUGAGCAGCUGGACAAGGCAGCGGUGGCGGAGGCGGCGUGCAAGGCCGAGCGGUACGUGGGCGUGACCAGCGGCGGCAUGGACCAGGCCAUCAGCAUGAUGGGGCAGCAGGGUGUGGCCAUGCACGUGGAGUUCAACCCGGUCCGCGGCGUGUGUGUGGUGCUGCCUCCCGGCGCCACCUUCGUCAUCGCCAACUCCCUCGCCGUUUCCAACAAGGCAGAAACCGCGCCCAAGCGCUACAACCUGCGUGUGGUGGAGUGCCGGCUGGCGGCGGUGCUGCUGGCCAUGUCGCUGGGCAUGAGCCGGGAGGAUGCACUCGCAAAGGUCCGCACGCUGCGCGAUGUGGAGCCGCUCAUUGCGGAGCAGCACAGCGGCGCGCACGACGGCGCCACCUGCGCGGCGGCGGUGGCGCAGCACCUCAAGGAGAGCUACAGCCUGGCGGAGCUGGAGGAGGCGCUGGGCGGCAAGCUGGCGGACAUUCUGUUCGCGGCGGAGCCCGGCAGCGUGCGGGCGCUGCAGGUGGCUGAGCAGGACAAGUACGCCUUCCCGCUGCGCAAGCGCGCCGUGCAUGUGUACACCGAGGCGCAGCGCGUGCUGGACUUCCGGGCCGUGUGCGAGGACGCCUCGUUGCCCCCCGGCGAGCGGCUGGCCAAGCUGGGUCGCCUCAUGUCUGACAGCCACGCCUCCUGCGCCGAGCUGUACGGCUGCAGCUGUACGGAGCUGGACGAGCUGGUGGGCAUCGCCAAGGAGGCCGGCGCGCUGGGGGCGCGGCUCACGGGCGCGGGCUGGGGUGGCUGCAUGGUGUCUCUGGUCCGGGACGAGCAGGUGGACGCCUUCGUGGCGGCCAUGAGCGAGAAGUACUACAAGCCUCGAGUGGAGUCGGGCUCUCUGUCUGCCGCCGAGCUGCCCGAGGUGCUGUUCGCCACCCAGGCUGCCAACGGGGCGGCGCUGCUGGUGCCGCAGGUGGAGCUGGUGCCGGCAUAAGCCCAGCGGAAUCAGCUCGGAGGCGUAGGCGUGAACACCUGGAGCUUUGGGAGGUGUGAGCCUGCAGUUGCAGGCCGGAAGCUGUAAGCCUGGAGGCGUGAGCCUGGGGGUGGGCGCGUCCGGUGUAAGCCCAGUGGAAGCCUGGGAGCCCGGAGCGGGGCGCAGGCCUGGAGGCGCUAGCGGUAGGCCGUCAGCGGGGCAGCCGCAGUGGGGUGGUCCAUGAGGUGUUGCUGAGAUGUUGCUGAUGUGGGUUAAGGAGGGGCAUGGCAGGGUAAGGCGGCCAGUUGGAGCUGGCGCAUGUGCCGCUAGGGCUGCAAGCAGUGUGGAGGUGCUGGUGAUGUCAGGGCCGGGCGGUGGGGCCUCGGCUCAAGUGAAGGCUGAAGUUUUGUGGGCCUCGUGGGUGGGCCUUGAGUUGGGUUGACGAGUUGCACGGGGGAUAGCUCGGGUUGUAACUCUUUUAAGUGUGGCGAAGGCUGGCGGCGGCUUGUGGAAGGGUGGGACUGACGAGCACGAAGAAUGAUGUGCUGCAGGGUGACGUAUGCUCGGGCGCUAAGCGGCUGGCGGUUGGCAUCAGGCGCCUCUGGGACGAGCAUGGUGUAUAUCCGUCACAGGGCGCUGCGGGGGUCAGACCCCGUCCCUUGCCUUAUCUCCGCCGCAUAAGGCGCAGCCUUGGGCGCAGCUAUUGCUGCGUGUGUCCAGCAGGGCAUGAGCAUGAGCAUUUACAUGGGUUCGAGUCCAUGUGGCCCCACUAACUCCUUUGAGUCCGGGGGUGCGUUAGGUAAACAGGCGCCACGCCAUCGUCCGUGCAUACAGCAUUCGACCCUAACCUUCUAAAACGCCGGCUGCAGCAGCGGCGGCUGCGCCAGCAGCAGCACCGGCACCCGCCCCGCCCCUCCCUGCCGGCCGGACCGGGGUGUUUCUGGGGGGCUUCGCCCCCCCAUCCGCAAACGUCAAAAUGCAUGACAAAAACACGCAUGGAAGCAGGAUGGCUGGAAUGACAACGACGCCGCGCAAGGUGUCGAUACAUGGCCCGCAGUUGCAGGGUCGCACAGCACGUGAUACUGAGUACGCUGUCCUACUACGUACUAGUACGCUGCUCUUGAAUGGUAGUAUAUGGAAAAGUACGCUGUGUCCAGGAUCAGGUUGGGACAUCCAUGGGCGUCCCAAGAGAUGCUGAGCGCCUGAGCCUGGACAUCAGCACACGCUUCCACAAUGGUUCU